AUGGCGAAGAAAGGGAAGAAGGGAAAGGCCAAUAAAGCUAAUAACAACAACCGCGCUCCCGUCGGUUCUGCACCACCUCCUGCAACCGAUAACAACGUCGACGACCCUGCCCCCGACCCGGCGGCCGCCGCUGUUGAGGAUGCCUUUCAAGACAACAAUGAGCCCGCCGCCGAUCCGGAGAAGGAGCCUGCCUCUGAAGAACCCGCUGCCGCUGAGCCAAGUGGCGAUGAUAGCCCGGCUCCUGAGUCUACAGAUGCCGCAGAGGCUGCACCAGCCGAGCCUCCAGCCGAGGAAGCUGCCCCAGAGGCUAAGGAAGAGGGCAAGGCUGAACCCGUUGCUGGCGAUGAGCCUGCACCAGAUGCGGAGAAUGCCGAUGAAGCUCCCAAGGAGGCUCCAGUAGAAGACGGAACUCCUGCGGAGGAGGCGAAGCCUGAAGAGGAAUCGAAAUCUGAAGGAGAGCCGAAAUCUGAAGAGGAGCCGAAGUCUGAAGAGGAGCCGAAGUCUGAAGAGGAGCCGAAGCCUGAAGAGGAGGCGAAGCCUGCUGAAGAGGAAUCGAAACCCGAAGAGGAAGCAAAGCCCGACGAAGACCCAAAGCAGGAAGACCCCAAGGAGGAAGACCCAAAGCCUGAAGGGGACCCCAAGCCAGAAGAUGACCCCCAAGCUGAAGGGGAAUCCAAAUCUGACGACGAACCAAAGCCCGAAGAGGAACCGAAGUCUGAAGGCGCAGAAGAUGCCCCAGCUGGCGAUGACACGAAAAAAGGCGACACUGGCAACAAUGGUCAGUAUGCAAAGCGGAGUCGGUCUUACAAAGCUGACACUUAUUUUGCAGACGAAGAGUUCCCGGAGUUAAGCCUCGAUGAAGAUCCGGAAACGAUCGCAGCAAUCGCAGCCGAAAAAGAGGCUGCGGCUCUUGCGGCUGCUGAAGAUGCUCUAGAGAAUGAGGCAGAUGCACCAAAGCCUGAUGAGACUCCUGCAGCACCUGAACCACCACCAGAGGAACCGAAGGCGGAGGAGAAGCUGAGCAAGAGCCAGAAGAAGAAGAACAAGAAGAAGGCCAAGGGCGCCAAGGCAGCCGAUCCUGAGCCGGCAGCCCAACCAGAACCAGAACCAGAAUCGACGCCCAAGCCUGAAGCUGAACCAGCUGCCGACCCAGCGCCAGAAACACCAGCUGAACCUGCACCCGAGUCUGCACCAGAGCCAGUGCCAGAAACGCCAGCUGAACCUGCACCCGAGUCUGCACCAGAGCCAGUGCCAGAAACACCAGCUGAACCUGCACCCGAGUCUGCACCAGAGCCAGUGCCAGAAACGCCAGCUGAACCUGCACCCGAGUCUGCACCAGAGCCAGUGCCAGAACCACCAGCUGAACCUGCGCCAGAGCCUGCACCUGAACCCGAAAAGCCUGCCGACGAUGCUGCCGAGGUCCCAGCCGCGGAAGAAUCGACACCACCUGAACCGCCCGCGGAGGAGCCCAAGGUGGAGGAGGAGCCGCCGAGCAAGAAGAAGAAAAAGAAGGCUAAGAAGGGCAAGAAGGGAGCCGAUCCAGAGCCAGAACCAAUUGCAGCGCCAGAACCAGCAGUCGAAACACCACCGGAGCCUGAAGCAUCACCUGCAACAGAGGCAGAACCACCAGUCGAAGAGGAAAAGGCUCCCGAAGACCCCGUUAAGGAGCUCGAGCCGGAAUUCACGCCAACAGAGGAAGCGCCUGCUCCUGAACCCGAGCCUGUAGCACCUGAGCAAGGCGACGAGGCUCCUAAGGAGACACCGGUCGAAGAGAGCGCCCCGGCUGAACCAGAGUCUGAGCCUGUCGUUGAGCCUGAAGCUCCUGUGGAAGAGCCAGCCCCUGCUGCCGUUGCGGAAACUGCUCCUGUCGAGGAAAUUGCUCCUGUCGAGGAACCUGCUGCUGUUGAGGAAAAUGCCCCUGUCGAGGAGUCACCCACCGCUGAGCCUGCUCCCGUAGUUGAAGAAGCCCCGGCUGAGAUUGUGGAAGAGGCUGCUCCAGUCACUGCUGAGGAUCCGGUUCCCGCCGAAGAGGCCGCAACACUUGCGGAAGAGACACCCGCCGCGGUCGAAGAGCCAGUCGAGGAGAAGCAGGCCGAGGAACCGGCUGCGGUGGCCGCCGAUGAAGCUCCAGCUGUGGAGACUGCUGAAGCACCUAUUGUCGAGGCUGCUCCCGAGGAUCUUCCUGUUGAAGAAGCUCCUGCCGAGCCAACCCCCGAGCCUGUUGCCGAGCCUGCUGCCGAGCCUGCUGCCGAGCCUGCUGCCGAGCCUGUGGCCGAACAACCGCCGGUUGAGGACCAGCCCGCCGAAGAGUUCGUGGACGCUCUGGAAGUAGCUCCCGAUGAUCCGCCAGUCGAGGACCCUGCACUUCCAGUCGAAGAGCCGGCACCUCCAGUCGAAAAGCCUGCGCCUCCUGUCCCAGAAUCCGCCGAGCCUGAAGCCCCAGAGCCACCAGCCGAUAAGGAAGUGCCUCAAGAUGCUGCCGAUGCCGCGCCCGUCGUGGAACCCCCCGCUCCAGCCCCGGUGGAAGAGGCGCCAGUCGAAGAAGCCCCUGCUACCGAUCCACCUGCAGAAGCUACAGCAGAACCGGAAGUCGUGCCUGAGGAGGCGCCAAGAGCGAUUCCAGAGGAAGCACCUGCUCCCGAGCCAACGCACGAAGAACCAGCUCCCGCGGAAGCAGCUCCCCCUGAGGCUCCAGUACCCGACGAAUCUCCAGCUGAACCGGCCAUUCUGGAAGAGGUUCCACCUGAGACACCAGAACCCAACGAAGCUGCAUUGCUAGCUGAGGCUCCAACACCGGAAGAGACAGUGACUGAGACCCCGCCAGCAGACCCCGGCCCAGAGCCAGAAGCUACCAGAGACCUACCCGUAGACGAUCCACCAGCAGAGCCAGAGCCAGCUCCCGAGCCAGUCCCUGUCGUUUAUGAAGUGGAGCCCGAGGCGCUCGUACCACCACGAGCAGACGCCCCACGCGAUGUGGACAUGAUCUACGCAGAGCCUCGUCCGGACGAGCCCCUGGACGAAGCCGGAGAAGCCACAGCCGCACAACGCAGCUCUCGACGCCGCAGAAAGCGCACCUCCCCAGUCGAGGGCGAACGCCGCCGAUCCAAGACAUCCUCCGAAGGCCGCCGAGACCAGCUCCAGCGUCAGAAGAGCGACCGAGGCAUCAUCCUGAACCGCUGGGCGAAAGCUCUCGAAGAAGCGCGACGCCAGCACGACGAGAAAGUCCAAGUCCAACGCCGACAGCGCGCUCUCGUCGAGGAGCGAGAGCGCAGCGGUAUCCCGUCAACUGAGAAACUCAAGCGCUCAAGGAGCUCAGCCAAGGAGAAGGAGAGAGAGAAGACCAGGGAGCUGGAACCAGAAGCUGACAUUCUCGAAUCCAAAUCCCGACGCCGAACCUCUGACACACCAUCAGGCCAGCCAUCCCAGCCAAUUGAGCGAGCCCGCUCGACCAGAACCUCCUCGUCAAAGCAGAUGGCGACAUCGGCGCCGACGCCUCGACCCCGCGCUUUCCUGCGGUACAUGACCGAAGGCAAAUCCGAUACCAACGGUCCUCUGCUCCGUAUGAAUUCGGCCAAGGCUUCGCCACCCCUCGACCGUCCGCGCCGGUCAUCGACUAGCCACAGCAGUGGUAGCCGCCAUGAGCGAGGCGAAUAUGAAGACCGACAGUCGAACGGUCGGUCCAGUGGGUCUAGACGACGUGAGGAGGAGCCUCGGGUUGAGCGUGCUCACUCUCGCCGUGGAGAAGAGCCCCGUGUUGAGCGUGCUCGCUCGCGCCGUGAAGAAGAACCUCGGGCUGAGCGUGCUCGCUCGCGACGUGAAGAAGAGCCCCGGGCUGAGCGUGCUCGCUCGCGACACGAGGAAGAGCCUGCUCGGUUGGAGCGGACUGAGACUAGGAGGUUGCGACGGUCGUCGACCGCUGAGCAUGGUCGGGUUAGGGAGGAGAAGAGAGAGAGGGAGAGGGACGGGGAGAGAGAGAGGAAGCCUGAGGGUUCUUCGAGGCGUUCUCGGGAGUCAAGGGAGGUUCGGUCUCGUCGGCAUAGGCGGGAGGAGUCGCCGCCGAGAGAGGAGUCGAAAUUGAAGGGUCUCUGGAGGGCGAUUGCUGCGCAUUGA